GUCGUUGGAACUGGAAGCAACGAUGGCAAAAGCAUUACGAUGGGCAGAGAAGAGCAGAGAGUUUAAUGGAGAACAGCUUCAAGAAUUUGUAUCCGUCAUCACAACACUUCUUGGAGUUGCUGUCCCCAAUUCCAGCAUAAACGGAGGAGAAAAUCUUGAUAGUGGAGCAUUUGGCUCCAUUGAAAAAGCUAUGUUUCAUGGGAGUCCAGUUGCAGUUAAAUAUCUUAAACCGACGGCAGGGUCAGGAAGAUCGCUUCCUCAACUUAUUCGAGAUUUGUCACUAGAACUGGAAAUUAUCACUCAGCUGCGCCAUCCCAGCGUUGUAGCCUUCAUGGGCUCUACUUUAACUCUUCCUAAAGACGAAGAGGAUUGCAACAAACUCUCUAUUGGCCUGAUCUUCGAAUUAUGUGGUGGAGGAAACUUGUAUAGGUUGAUUAACGAAAACAAAAAACAUAAGAUUUCUGCAUUUCAAAAGAUGUCAAUGCUUAGAGACCUAGCUACUGGGAUUGCUUACCUACACUCAAAAAAUAUCGUUCAUCGAGAUUUGAGCUCGAAGAAUAUUCUUUUAACAGACGAAGGAAAGGUGAAGAUUGCUGAUUUCGGAUGUGCAAGAAAGUUGCAGCAUGAGAGCUAUAAUUCUUCCACGAUAUCAG